GGGCCCGGCGGGACGCGGCCGGGAUGUCGUUCAAGAGGGAGGGCGACGACUGGAGCCAGCUCAAUGUGCUCAAGAAACGGCGAGUUGGAGACCUGCUGGCCAGCUACAUUCCCGAGGACGAAGCGCUGAUGUUACGAGAUGGACGGUUUGCCUGCGCCGUGUGCCCCCACCGUCCCGUCUCAGAUACCUUGGCCAUGUUGACUGCUCACCGGGCCGGCAGGAAGCACCUUGCCAGCCUGCAGCGUUUCUACGGGAAGAAGCAGCGGCGGCGAGGCCGAGAGGAGCAGGGCCGGCCGCUGGAAGGGCCCUUGCCGCAAGAGGAGAGUGAGGCGCAGGGCUCUCCAGCCCCACUGCUGGCCCAGACCCGCCUGCUGACCCAAAACGCCUUGCGUCCCGCCGUCCCCUACAGCAGCUGCUGCCGACGCCGCCCGGACAGGUCAGCUGGGCCCGCCGCCCGCUCCGUCCGCACGGCCCCCUCCGGCCCCGUGGCCCCCCAGCAGGUGGGGGAGCGGCCCCCGGAGCCCCCGGCGGUCCCGGUGGAGGAGGAGGAGCAGCAGCAGCAGGAGGAGGACGGGGGAGUGGAAGAGGGGGCGGCGGCGGCCCGGGCCCCCAGCCCAGGGAGACGCCGGGCCCUGGACCACUACCUGAAACUGCGCAGCGCCGGCUGGAUCCCCGACGGCUGCGGGCACUGGGUGAAGGACGCCAACGCCGAAUUUGACUCGGAUGAGGAGGAGCCCCCGCCUCUCCCCCCAGAUUAGCCCUCCCUCCACCCUCCCCACCCCCCAAAUAAACUCCU